AUGCCUCUUCCCCUGCGAGCCCUGGGCCGAGGUGGUCCCCAAGUCACUGCUGUCGGCCUCGGUUUCGGAAGUCUCGGCGGAUUCUACGGCCCAGCUGGAACACUCGAUGAGAAAGUAGCCCUUUUGGAGCAUGCACAUGCCACCGGACUGCAUUUUUGGGAUAUGGCCGACAUUUACGCUGACAGUGAGGAUAUAGUCGGUGAAUGGAUUAGGCGAUCUGGCAAGCGCGAUGACAUUUUCCUAGCCACCAAGUUUGGGCUCCAGCGCCAGCCUGAUAGAGCGUACAAAUCUCGAACUGAUCCCGAUUACGUGAGAAUUGCAUGUGAAAAGAGCCUCCGGAGACUCGGGGUGGACACCAUUGACCUUUAUUACUGCCAUCGGGUGGAUGGGGUUACGCCCAUUGAAAAGACUGUCGAAGCCAUGAUGGAGCUGAAGAACCAAGGAAAGAUUAAGUAUCUUGGUCUGUCGGAGGUCUCAGCAGACACGCUACGUCGGGCGCAUAUUGUCCACCCUAUUGCCGCUCUGCAGAUGGAAUAUAGUCUAUUUACACUAGACAUCGAAUCAUCGACCUCGAAGAUCCUAAAAACCUGCCGCGAGCUGGGCGUGACUAUCGUGGCCUACAGCCCCAUUGGACGCGGUGUUCUGACCGGCCAGUUUCGAUCUUAUGCAGAUAUUCCCAAGGGCGACUUGCGCUGCCUGUUGCCAAAGUUCUCCGAAGAAAAUUUCCCCAAUAUCUUGGAGUUAGUACAGGGAUUGAAAGACGUGGCUGGUGCCCAUGGAAUCACGCCGGCACAGGUCGCUCUUGCGUGGCUGCUGGCGCAAGGGCAGGAUAUCAUCCCUAUCCCGGGCACAAAGUUGACCGCUAAAAUGGACGAAAAUGCGGCCUCUGCGCUACAUCAGUUGAGUGACCAAGACGUGCAAGGUAUUCGGACUCUGGUGGAGCGAACGAAAAUCCAAGGUACUCGGUACCCUGCGGCAAUUAUGACCACCUUAUUUCAAGAUACACCGCCACUGUAG